AUGGCGGUGAAGAAGUCGUCCGGCGAGCCGGAGGAGCUCAAGGCGACGGCCUGGCAGGGCAUGGAGCUCGAGAGCGCCACGUCCCCGACGGCGCCGCGCGCGGCGGACUCCUACUUCGAGGAGGUCUUCACGCGGCUCUACGGGAAGAUGAGCUUCGAGGAGAAGCUGCGUUUGAUCUGGCUGUCGAGCACGCUCUUCUUCAUCAUCGGCGGCUACUGGCUGCUCCGGUCCCUCAAGGACCCGGUCAUCGCGACGAUCUGCGGCGUCGAGUACAUCCCCAAGGCGAAGAUGCUGUCCGUGCUCGUCGUGACGGUGCUGGUCUUCGUCUACAACAAGCUCAUCGACAUGUUCCCGAAGCACCAGCUCUUCUACAUCGUCGGGGGCUUCUACGCGACGCUCUUCACGAUCAUCGCCGUCGCCUUGGCGCUGCCGGCGACGAGCUCGCUGUCCAUCUACAACACGGAGCCGUCGCCCUACCGCCUCCUGGGCUGGGUCUCCUACUGCUCCAUCGAGUCCUUCGGCUCCAUCGGCGUCAGCCUCUUCUGGGCCUUCACGAACUCGACGUACAACCUCGAGGGCGCGAAGAAGGCCUACGGCCUCAUGGUCGCGUGCGCGCAGCUCGGCUCCAUCGCGGGGCCGACGAUCGUCACCGCGGGCACGAUCCGCUACGGCGUGCCCACGAUCUACUUCUGCGGCGCGCUCUGCAUGGUCUUCAUGGUCGUGUCCAUCUGGGGCUACAACGCGCGGUUCGGCGCGCCGGAGUCCGAAAAGGCCGAGGCCGAGGCCGCGGCGUCGGGCGGCAAGAAGAAGGCCAAGGCGGGCAUGACCGAGGGCCUCGUGCUGUUCUGGAAGUACCACUACGUCAAGGGCAUCUUCGCGCUGUCGUGCCUCUUCAUGGUCGAGGUCACGAUCCUCGACUACUCGAUGAAGGUCCUGGCCAAGGGCAAGUUCGACGGCGAGCACCCCGGCGACCCGACGGCGGCGACGCAGGCCUUCGCGACCUUCAUGGGCGUCUUCGGCCAGGCGGCCAACGGCCUGUCCUUCGUCUUCUCGCUCCUCGGCACGUCGAUGGUCAUCCGGCGCCUCGGGCUCAACAAGACGCUCCUCCUCUUCCCGACGCUCUGCCUCGGCGCCAUCUGCUGCGUCUACACGACGCCGACGCUCGAGAUGGUCUUCCUCGCCAUGCUCCUGCUCAAGGGCUUCUCCUACUGCCUCAACAACCCGUGCAAGGAGAUAUUGUACCAGCCGACGUCGUCGUCCGUCAAGUUCAAGGCCAAGUCCUGGAUCGACGUCUUCGGCGCGCGCGGCUCCAAGGCCCUCGGCUCCGUCGUCACGAACCAGUUCGCCGACUCGGCGGCGGACCUGCUGACCUACGGGUCCUUCGUCGCCAUGGGCGUGAGCUCCUUCCUCAUCUACGUCGCCUACUGGCAGGGCGCGCAGUUCGACGCGCUCAUCGAGUCCGGCGUCAAGGUCGGCGAGGAGCCCGUCUACGCGCCGCCCGAGGGCGACGACGACACGUCCUGCGGCAUGGACGACGACAAGGGCGGCGACGGCGCCGGGGACAAGAAGACCGUCAUCGCCGUCUAG